AUGAUAAAGGGCACACAAAAUAUACAAAUUAAAAAACCUAUUGGCAACGAGUUGCUUAUGGGAAUUAAAAAAAUGGAGAAUGAGUUAAAAGAGAGAAAUGAAGAAUUUGAAGAAUUGAGCAAUAACUAUAGAGAAAUAUAUGGACUAUAUAUUAUGACAAAGAAAAACUUAGAUGAAUCGUCGAAUAACUUUCAAGGAAAAAUCUGCAAACUGGAAUCUGUGAUAAAAGGAAAAGAUAAUGAAUACAUGAACCUAAAUGCAAAUUUUCAACAAGUGUUAGAGGAAAAAAAUAAACUCGAAGAAGAUAUUAAUGAAUAUGAAAAAGCCAUUUACGAAAUUAACGAAAAUUUGACAUCUCUAAAGGAAGCACAUAUAGAGGAAUUAAAAGAAAUCCAAGAAGAAAUCUCUAAUCUUUAUUUAGAAAUUGAAAAGUCAAAGAAACAAUUAGAUAACAUGCAAGAAGAAUGUGAAGAUCUAAGAAAGCUUAAUCAUGAUAAAAGUAACACAAUCGAUUCCCUAAGUAAAGAAAUUGAAGCCCUUAAGGACGAAAAAAAACAACGUGAAGAUGAAAUGGAAUUAAUAAUAUCUUACCAAAAUAAAGUAAAAAUGGAAAUGGAAUAUAUGAAUAAAGAAAAGGAUAAAUUAAAAGACGAUGAAGAAAAAUUUUUAAUGGAAAAAAAAUAUUUUGAAAUAUAUAAACAACAACUAGAAGAGGACAAAAAAGUUAUUGAAAAAAAAAAUGAAGAAUUAGGAAAAGAAAAAGAUAGACAAGAAAACAAUAUGAAAAAUAUUAUAAUAAAGUAUAGCAACUUACAAAAAAAGGUAGAUGAUCUCUCAGAGGACAACUCGAACAAGGAUACUUGUAUAAAGGAAAACCAAAAUAAAAUAAAUUUGUUGAAUGAUGAAAACAAAGUACUCAAGAACGAAGUCACAAAUCUAAACUCUAAAAUGCAAGAAUUAAAAAAUGAGUUGGAUUGUGAGCAAAAAAAAAACACAGAAUUAAUGGAAAAUGUUGAUAAUAAAACUAAUGAAGUGUCUCAAAGGGACUCUAUUAUACAAAUUUUAUAUAAUAAAUUGAAAGAACAAGAACAUGAAAAUCUUAUAUUUCAGAAUGAAAAUAUAUCUUUAAAAAACCAAAGUAAAAAGUUGAAUACAAUUUUAGAAAAUAGGAAAAAAGAAAUGGAGCAUAUUGAAAAUGGCCUAUGCGAUAAACUAACUAAAUUAAUAAUUCGAAGAAAAAUAAGGGACAAAGAUGACUUAUGUUUUGAUGGACAUCCCCAAUCAAUGCUCUUAAAAAUUUUGUGGAAUGGAUAUAUAGAUAUAUGCAAAAAUGUAUUACGGUCAAGGGAUAGUUAUUUAUUUACUCAAAAUAGAAACCAUAAAUUUAUUCGUGUUUAUGAUACAGAUAUGUUUUUGGACAUUACUCAAGAAAGUAUAAACAAAUGCUCAAUCUCAUACAAAAGCGAAACCCGAGGCAUUUUUUUUGUAAAUGAUGAAGAACAAAAAAAUAUGAUUUAUGUUGGACCAUUUAGUAAAUAUAGUGGAUAUAAUGUAGCGGUAUGUCAUAAAAGCAAUAGUUUGGAAUUAAUUAAUAAAUUUCAGAAUAGUUAUAUAUUUGAAGAAUUAUUUACAACAAAGAAAGGAACAAAAUUAAUUUUGAUAAAAGAAAAAGAAAGUGGUAAAUAUUUUGGUGGGUUACAUAAUAAUUUGUACUUUGAAAAACAAAAACAAAAACAAAACGGUGUUGAUAAAUCAUAUUAUAAUGAUGCAGUAAAUAAAUUAAUUGAUUAUAUGUCGAAUGAUAAACAAGAAAAUGCAAGUAUGGUAUUAAAAAAAUGUAAUAGUGAAGUUAAAAUUGAAGAAGGUGAUGAAUCGCAAAGUGUUGAAAAUGUUGAAAAAAGUGAACUAAUUGAAGAUAAUGAAGAUAUUAACGAAAUGAAUGUACAAAAUGCCAAAGAAAAGAGAGAUAAUAAAGUAAAAGAUGAAAAUAUACAUAAAUACAAUAUAGCUAAAGAUAUGUUACUAUUAUCAAAUAGCAAUUGUAAUAGUACAACUGAUAAUGAUAGUAAUGGAUAUUAUGAUGUGAACAAUAAAUUUGGUUGCCAAGAAUUAGGACAAAAUGAUGAAGAUUUUGAAGAAAAUAAUUCAAGCUUAAAAAAAUAUAUAGGGAAUAAUGAUUUAUAUAACCAUAAUAAUAUAUCAAUGCAUAAAUGUUAUAUUUCUAAUAGUUCAUGUUUUAAUAAUAGAAUUUUAACAUUAACUGCAAAUAAAGAUGAAGCAAUAUUAUUCGAAGUUUUUAAUUAUGAACAAAUUGUUGAAUAUGAUUCAAUUAAAUACGCAUCAGAAUAUAUUUUACAAUUUCUUUUAAAUUUUAAAAAAACAAGUUCACAAAAUUUAUCAACUAUACCUAGUAAUAAACACUCUAAUUUUAUAUCAUUGAGUGAUGAAGAUUGGAAUAUUAUUCCAGCAUAUAUGUGA